CCGAUUUCUUGCCGGUAUCGACACGACCACUAACGCAAUGGACGGCACAUUCGACAAGACGGCUAUGGACACCAUUGAUCUCUUGGAAGCACGACUCCGGCGGAUCGAGUUUGCGGUCUGUGGCAAAGCUGGAGAAGAUUCGGCGGCAGAUGGGAAGCCUCCUAUCGCGCAAAGGUUGGCGUCUUUGGAACGUGCUCUACACCAGCUUGCCUCAAAAUCAAGAGUUAUACAAGACCUCCUUCGAAUACAUUCGAGGUACCCAGACUUAUUUCAGUCUCUGAACGCGGACAAUUUGCCGACGAUUCUCGAUACCGAAAGUCUUAGAGCCAUUAUCAUGGCUUCAGCAAGCUCUUAUCCUGCUACUGCAUCUCGGUUAACAUCAAUUGUGGAUGUGCCAAUCCCCUCAACCGAACUCUCAACGCAACUCAUUGAGCUACAACCUCGUAUCGCGAAAGCGGAGAAUGUUCAAGCGGCGCAGAGCUCAGAUAUUGCUGAACUACGAGAGAGAAGUGCUGCCCUGAUUCAGCGUUGGUACACUAUGGACGUUCUCCGGGCAGGUGAUAGCUGGGCGGAUCUCGAAGGGAGAGUUGGACAGGUAGAACAGCAGCUGAGGCGAGUGGCACUGGCCAAACGGGUAGACGAUGCUAUG